GCAGCUCCCCGCGGCUCCGGCUGCUGCGGCGGGCGAGAGCCUUUUGGAGCUCUCCCCAGAAACAGCCAUCCCAGAGCCCCCGUCUUCGGUUGCAGUUUCGCCCGGUACGGAGGAACCUCCCGGAGACACCAAGAAAAAAACUAUGUUACAGUCUUAAAGCUCAGUGACUAAGUCAUGGUCUGGGUACUGCUGUGUACAGACAUUAACUCACUUAAUGGUCCCAUCAACCUUAGAGGAGCUCCAGAGUACUAAUUACAGGAACUAUGAAGAGAAAAGGUUUAAGCUUUCUGAACCGUUGGGCACCAUACUCUCAUCAGCUGUCUCAGGACAAUUGUCUUUUGUGUCGUUUGAAGUUGACAUCCUGCUGAAGGCUGUAGGAGACACUCCCAUAAUGAAAACGAAGAAAUGGGCUGUGGAGCGGACCCGGACUGUCCAAGCACUCAUCGACUUCAUCAGAAAAUUCCUCAGACUGCUGGCCUCGGAGCAGUUGUUUAUUUAUGUGAAUCAGUCCUUUGCCCCUUCCCCAGACCAAGAAGUUGGGACUCUAUAUGAGUGUUUUGGCAGUGAUGGUAAACUGGUCCUACAUUACUGCAAAUCACAGGCAUGGGGAUGAGCCACAAAUGAACAACUUGAUGUUUCACAGAAGAAAAAAAUUCAGAGAAGUUUUGAUGCUGUGGGAAGAGACUUACAUGACUAUCACAUAUUCAGCACAAAUCUGUUAUGAUGUGUUUAUGUGUAAGAAAACAUCGUAGGGUAAAUAGACUAUUGAAUGAGAUUUGUGUCACCAUAAAAUCAUCAUGAGAGAUUGGUAUUAGAGUAUGUGUAUUACCCCCACACUUCUGUUUCCUGUUUCAGAUCUACCUCUAGGGUUAGAAAGGAGACUGGAAUUCUAUAUGUACUACAGGGUCUCAGGAUGACUGAAGUUAUUGGAUUGGCACUGUGUUGAUUCCAUGAUAAAAACUAAUUUACUGAAGGGCUUGUGUUUUGAGGUAAUUUAGUUUUUUAACUUAUUCAGGAUGUGUUUGGGAUGUAGAAUGUUUACAUUUAUCUGUUGCUUUGUAAAACAAAGUGCACUGAUUCUAAAGUUGUCCAGUAGAGGGCAGCCAGUUGGCAGAAAGUCUUGACAGUUUUGACAUCUUUGCCAGGUGAUUGGAGGAAAGACUGUUGAACUAAUUUCUAGUUAAUGUGUAAUCCGGAAAGCAGCUGUAUUGACACACUGGCGGACUUAGGGGACGUGCAUAGUUUAAAAUUAAUCAUGCAGGGAAGCAGUUUUACAAAUUGCGAGCAAAUGAAUUGCAACUCUUUUCAGUCCUUGAGCCUCACCCUGAGCAUUGUGAUCCACACCUAUAAUCUCAGCACUCAGGAAACGUGAGCCAAGGGGAUUGGUCCCCGAGUUCAAAACUAGACUGAACUGCAAAAGAACUUACCCCAAAAAGCUUCUAGAGCCCUACUCAGUGUAUUCCCACUGUUACUUCUGUGUCCGAGAAGCUGACUUGGGAAACCAAGCAGCACCAAGUUUCCCAUUUCAUCCCAACACUCACUCUCAUCUCUGUAUUUUUAGUUUGUAGUUUUGCAGACCUAGGGAUCAUUCCCUGUGCCUUGUGCACUCAAGGCGUGAGUUCUGCUGGGCUGCAUCCCAGCAUUCAUUGAGUGUUCAUAAUGUGUCGUCCACAUUGAAAGCAUUCAGAGAUAAUGGUUGAAAAAUAGUGUCCAAUCACAAUAAAGUGCAACUGUCACUGGUAAUGUUAGGCUAGCCAUUGCUUAAGCUGACAUUUGACCUUUUUCUUACAUAUUUUAUGUCAAACUUGCUUUUGAGACUGGGUCCCAUGAUGUAGAUCUGCCUAGCCUGGAACUCAGAGAUUGAUGUGCCUGUCCGUGAAGCUCACCCAGCUCCACAGGAGUCUUAAAGCAGAGCACACAGGGCUACUGUGCAUUCUUACCUGGCGUUGAGGGAGUGGAGACAAAAGGUUGAAAGUUUAAGACUAUAUGGGCUACAGAGUAAGACUGUCACAAAAACCAUAAAAUCAGCUCUUCUUCCCUUCUCUGAAAAAAAGCAUUCCAAUAAAUGGUGUGUAAAGAGGAUUACAGGGUUUGAAGUGUGCAAGGAUUCCAAGUGUUUGCUUUCAAAGGUGAUGAUAGAAAUGUAUUUUUCAUCAAAAGAAAAGAACCUUGAAGACCUGAAAUACUACCCUUUUGUUAUGCUUUUAAGAUUGGCUGUGUUGCUCAGGCUGACUUGCCUCAGGCUCCUGGGCACCAGCUCUAGGCUUAUAGUUGUGCACCACUGCACCUGCCUCAUUUUUAACUCUUAAGCCCUAGAAUGUGCUUCAGAGUAGUCCUCAGCCAUGUGUGCCAUGGAAAAUGCUGUGGAACAACAUGGUCACUUCUUGUCUUCUGCCUGAGAAUGUGAAUUUGGGACAUCCCCUUUCCCUGCGCCCCUUGCAGUGAGUUAAUGCAGGGAAUAGUUCACAGAGUACUAUGUUCAGUGAGUUAUGCACAGUACAGGCUUAGAAAACCACCUUACAUCUUGAAAGCUGGGACGUAUUGAUUUAUGAACAAUGUCACUUGGAAAGGGAAAAGAUCGUGUCUAGCUUUGCCUAGUAAGAGGUGACUGAAAGAACAUAAUGGUAGAUAUUUUACAGGAGAAAUCUGUUGAAUUUAUUGUUGGCUGGUAUUCAUUUGCGAUGAUGGAAUGCUUCUUACCUCUAUGAAAUCGAAAAUAAACUUGAGUUUGAAUUUGUA